AUGACAGCAACAUCAAAUCCAAAUUCAGACGAAGAACAAUUAUUUCUUGCUACGCUUCAAGAAUGUUUACAGGCUGAUAAUGAAAAACGUACCGCUGCUGAGCAAAUUUAUCAAGAUAUAGUCCAUGAAAAAAAGGCUAUUUUACUUUUGUCUACAUUACGUAAUACAACAAUAAAUGGACCAAUUCGUUCAUUUGCUGCUGUUAUGCUUCGACGUUUAUUUCAAACAGAAUUUGAAAAUUUUUGGUCAAAAUAUUCACUUGAUCAACAAACGGCUGUAAAAAAAGAAUUAAUCGCUCGAAUAACACAAUUAGAUGAUGAUGAAACUAUUCGAAAAAAAGUUUGUUAUAUUGCUGCUGAAUUAGCUAAAAAUUUAAUGGAUGAAAAUGAUCAAUCACAAUGGCCUGAAAUUAUGGAAUUUCUUUUUCAAUCUGCUAAUUCAUCACAUAGUCCAUUAAAAGAAUCUGCUUUAAUUAUUUUCGAAGCUUUUCCUGGUAUAUUUGGAAAUCAAGCUGAACAAUUAACACAAAUAAUUCAUCAAAUUUUUUUAAAUUGUUUAAAUGAUCAAGAUACAAAAGUUCGUUAUACAGCAGCACAAGCUCUUGCUGCUUAUCUUAAACAUAAUUGUGAAAAUACACAAUUACUUAAUAUUUAUCGAGAUUGUUUACCACCUCUUAUUUCGACAGUAACACAUAGUUUGGCCAAUUCGGAUGAUGAUACAGUUCUAAAAGCAUUAAUUGAUAUUGCAGAAAAUGUAGCAAAAUAUCUUCGACCUGCAAUUGAUGAUGUUUUUAAUUUAUGUCUUCAAACAAUGCAACAAAAAGAUGAAUUUGAAGAAUCACGUCGUCAUUUAGCACUUGAAGUACUUGUUACUUUAUCGGAAACAGCAAGUGCAAUGGUUCGAAAAAUUGCUAAGAAAUAUAUGAAUAGACUUGUUCCUCAAUUACUGGAAAUGAUGGUUGAUUUGGAAGAUGAUCCAGAAUGGUCAAUUAAAGAUACAAUUGAAGAUGAAGAAGAUGACAGCAAUGCUGUUGUUGGUGAAAGUUCAUUGGAUCGUCUUGCUUGUGCACUUGGUGGAAAAACUAUGCUUAGUUAUAUAUUAACGACUGUUCAAACAAUGCUUCAAAAUCCUGAUUGGCGUUAUCGUCAUGCUGGUUUAAUGGCAAUAUCAGCUACUGGUGAAGGUUGUCAUAAAGAAAUGUCUGUUUUACUUGAUGAUCUUGUUAAUGGUAUAUUGGUUUUUCUCAAAGAUUCGCAUCCACGUGUUCGAUAUGCAGCUUGUAAUGCAUUAGGACAAAUGUCAACAGAUUUUCAAGGAACAUUUCAAAAAAAAUUUCAUUCAAACGUAAUUCCUGGUCUUCUUUCAAUACUUGAUGAUCAUGAAAAUCCACGAACACAAGCUCAUGGUGGUGCUGCUUUAGUUAAUUUUUCUGAAGAUUGUCCAUCACGUUUACUUAUUGAAUAUUUACCACAAAUUAUUGAUAAAUUAGAACAAGUUUUAAAUCGAAAAUAUCAAGAACUUGUUCAACAUAAUCGUAAAUUAGUUCUUGAACAAAUUGUAACAACACUUGCAGCUAUUGCUGAUACAGUUGCACAAGAUUUUUCACCUUAUUAUGAUCGAUUUAUGCCACAAUUAAAAUAUUUAUUUAAAAAUGCAAUUACACCUGAUUAUCGAAUGUUACGUGGUAAAACAAUGGAAUGUAUUAGUUUAAUUGGUUUAGCUGUUGGCAAAGAAAAAUUUAUAAAUGAUUGUUAUGAAAUAAUGCAAGAAUUAGUUAAAAGUCAAGUUGAUUUUGAAAAUUUAGGAAAUGAUGAUCCACAAGUAUCAUAUUUAAUUGGUGCUUGGACACGUAUAUGUAAAAUAUUAGGAAAAGAUUUUGAACAAUAUUUACCGAUUGUUAUGGGAUCUGUUCUUAAAGCAGCUGCAUUUAAACCUGAAGUAACUGUAAUUAAUGAUGGAGAUAAUGAUAUUGAAGAAGAUGAAAAUUGGGAAGUACUUAAUGUUGGUGAUCAAGCUUUUGGAAUAAAAACAACAGGUCUUGAAGAAAAAGCAAGUGCUUGUUCAAUGCUUGUUUGUUAUGCUAAAGAAUUAAAAGAAGGUUUUGUUAAUUAUGUUGAAGAAACAACUAAAUUAAUGGUUCCACUUCUACGAUUUUAUUUUCAUGAAGGUGUUCGUGCUGCAGCUGCUGAAUCUUUACCACAUUUACUUGAUUGUGCAAAAUUACGUGGUGAUGAUUAUGUUCGUCAAAUGUGGCAAUAUAUGAAUAAAGAAUUAUUUAAAGCAAUUGAAAUUGAACCUGAUCAUGAAGUACUUGGAGAAUUAUUUUCAUCAUUAGGCAAAUGUAUUGAAACAUUAGGUGUAUCAAGUUUAACAUCAGAUGAAUUAAAAGAAUUAACAACAAUACUUGAUAAUCAUCUUAAAAAACAUUUUGAACGUUCAAAUGAACGUAUUGAAAAACGACGUGAUGAAGAUUAUGAUGAAGAAACUGAAGAAGAAAUGGUUGAAGAAGAUGAUUUUGAUUCAUAUAUAUUAAAUCGUUUAUCGGAUAUAAUUCAUUCAUUAUUAGUAACAUAUACAGAUUCAUAUUUAGUUUAUUUUGAUACAUUAGUACCACAUUUUUAUGCUCUUAUACAACCAACACGUUCAAUAUCAGAUCGUCAAUGGGCAUUAUGUGUAUUUGAUGAUGUUAUACAAUUUACUGGUACACAUUCACAUCGUUAUACACAAUUUUUUCUUUCACCUAUGGCUGAAAGUCUUGCUGAUCCAGCAGCUGAAAUUCGUCAAGCUGCUGCUUAUGGAUUUGGUGUAAUGGGUAUGAAUGGUGGUCCUGUUUAUGCACGUGCAUGUGCUGAAGCAUUACCACGUUUAUUUACAAUGAUAAGUGCAUCGAAUAGUCGUAUACCUGAAAAUAAUACAGCAACUGAAAAUGCAAUUAGUGCUGUUACAAAAAUAUUAAAAUAUAAUAAUUCAUGUGUUGAUAAUCUUGAUAAACUUCAUCAAGUUUGGUUGUCUUGGCUUCCAAUUCAUGAAGAUACUGAAGAAACACCUUAUGUUUAUGGUUAUUUAUGUGAUUUGAUUGAAUCAAAUAAUCCGGUGAUUAUUGGACAAGAUAAUUCCAAUGUACCAAAUGUGAUUAAAUUAUUUGCAGAUGCAUUUGCUAAAUCAUCAAUUGAAGUUAAUUCAGUUGUUGGUCAACGUAUGAUACUUAUUUUACGACAUACAAUUCCAACAAUUUUUCAAACAUGUAUGAAUGUUUUAACUAAUGAUGAACGUCAAGCAUUAGCAAAUGCAUUAAAUUCCAAACCACCUACACAAAAUCAUCAAAUUGGAUCUACAACUCAUAUAAUUAAUCAUCAUGCUAGUGUUUAA